AAGAAAGCUUGUUUUGCUCGCGAGAGGCACCGGCGGUCCCAACUGCAAAUGUUACACAUGUUCAGUCGAUUGCCAUCUGGCUAUCUACUUUGUCCUCUGCAACAUUGGACUAACUGGACUGGAUAUGCUGAAUCAAGAAAUUCUUUAGUUAAGCGCUUUAUUUUGGAAUCACUUUGCAUAAAGCGCUUCCUGGAUUUUAUCACUGUCCACCGAAUCGAGGCGAGAGAAAUAUUAGACAUCAAUCAUCCUUGUUAAAUGAUCAAAACUUACGUAUGUGAAUGCAUUUCUUCGGAGUAGGAUAAGAUUGUGAUUGGAAUGAUUUAUAAAUUCUGAGAAUUGAAGAUUGAAUCUCAAAUGGACAUAUCAAAUUGUAAGCAUUUGAGAUUCUUUGGACUCCAUUCGAAGUCUCUGGUUUGCAAAUGUGUGGCACUGGUGAUCAUUGCUUUGGUUCUUAGAGCAGUUUUUCUUCCCACUUUUUAUAGCCUUGGUGGGAUUGGAAACAAGAACCUAUUUGCAUUCGACAAUGGACUGUCAAUGUUGAAUCGAGAAUUUAGUAUUGAAAAGGCGAAGUUUUUGGAGGUUCCUCAAAUCAUUUGGGGGUUAAACAAUCAGAAAAUUGCCUUUGCAAGAGCUUGUUUAACCGCAAGAAUGCUGAAUAGAACACUGUUGAUGCCUAGCUUGAGUGCGUCGCUAUUUUAUAAAGAAGUUGAUUUGUUGCAACCUAUUUCAUUCGAUAAGGUUUUCCAAUUUGAAAAAUUUAACUCUCUUUGUAAGGGGUUUGUCCAAUUAGCUCGUUAUUCAGAAGUUUCCAACGGAAGUGAUGUUUUCAAGCUUCAAAAGGGGAGUGGAAGGAGGUGGACGGUCAAGAGAGAUUUAGAUCAGUUAAGACAGUUCAGGAACAAUCCAUAUGACGGGUAUGAAAUCGUUCAGAUUGUUGGCAAGAACCCAUUUCUGUGGCACGAUCAUUGGCCAGUUAAAGACUACGCAAGGGUCUUCAAAUGCUUGGUUUGGGUGGAAGAAAUAUCAAGAGAAGCUGAUAAGAUUGUUUCCAAGAUUAGAGAGUUUGGGUCAAAAGAAAUCCUUAAAGUUGGGCUGUCUCAAAAUGUUAUCGACUCAGUGCCUUAUGUUUCAGUUCAUAUGAGAAUAGAAAAGGAUUGGACGAUUCACUGCAAGAAGCUGGAACAAAGAUUAAAUAUAAGUGAAAUUUGUAGCAGUAAGGAGGAGAUUAUGGAAAGAGUUGGAAAUAUUGUCGGCUUGAAAACUCCAGCUGUAAUUUACCUUGCAGUGGCCGAUACCCUUCUUGAAGAUAACUCUAUACUAACAGGUUGGGAUGAAGGAUUGCUUCCUUUCGAGAAGAAAAAGUUAGGUGUUAUCGAAAUAUACAAGAAGCACCCGUAUCUCAUUCAAUCAGCCAUUGAUUAUGAAGUUUGCUUAAGAUCAGAUGUGUUUGUAGGGAACAGUUUUUCAACAUUUUCCAGCCUUGUUGUUCUUGAUAGAACCCAGAAAAUGAUCAAAAUUGGUGCUAGGAAUCUCUGCGGCAUGGAAGCAAAAUGGCCUUCUUAUUCGUACAAUUUACGUGGGGAAUCUAAAGGGCCCCGUCCAUGGGUGACGAAUAUGUCUGAUCGUAACCUGCAAGCAAUUAGUUAUGGUUCUAAUCACAUCUCGUGUGAAUUAAGUUCAUAAUUCUAGAUGAUCGCCCGAUGCUUACUUGGAUGUUGCCAGAGCUCAUUGGACGCAAUUGGUGGUAUUGCUUCAAAUUUAUUUAUAUUUAUCUAUAAACAAGAUGAGGUUUGGAAUUUUUUGGGAAGUAGAUUAGGGAAAAAUCAGGUAUACGUUUGUUUUUGUAAAUCUUAUAUUUGGAUAUUUCAGUUUCUUGAUAUUUUUAUAGCUCUAUAUAGUGAUAGGACGUGUGUCUUGGUGGAAUACUUGUGAAUUAAAUUUUUCUGUAGGCACAUUUUAUGUCAGUUGCAAGAAAAGCUUCAUUUUUAAACAA